AUGGAGUUCAAAACCUCCACCCUUGAUGAAGCUGAACGCACGCCAAGCUCAGGAACCACGAGUAGAUCGCCUUGGCUCGCAUCAGCUUUUGGAGGUUCCAGAGUCACUAUUGGUCCCCGCGUCGAACCCCUCGCCGAGCACUUGGCAUCCAACCUUCUCUCCGAAACAGACAGCACCUCAGCCGCAGACUUGCACGACAAGCAGGUAGCUUCCGAAGCGGGAAAUGCCAUCCAAUACAGGACAUGUUCUUGGCAAAAGACGGCCGGCCUUCUCUUUAGCGAGUACAUUGUGCUCUCUAUCAUGAGCUUUCCUUGGUCCUACAGUCUUCUUGGCCUUGUUCCUGGAUUGAUCCUGACAGCUGUCGUCGCUGGUCUGGUCUUGUAUACGAGUCUUAUUCUGUGGGAGUUCUGUCUGCGACACCCCGAGGUCCGCGAUGUUUGCGAUAUUGGACAGAUGAUCUGGUGGAACGGGAAAUGGGCUUGGUGGUGGACGGCAGCCAUGUUCGUCCUCAACAAUACCUUCAUUCAAGCUCUCCACGUGUUGGUUGGCGCAAUCUACUUAAACACCAUGACCGAGGCCGACAACAUCAAAGGCUGCAGAACCGUUAUUUUCGCCGUAGUAGUGACCGCCAUCAGCUGGAUCGGAUCGCUCCCACGCACCUUUAGCAUGUUGUCAAAGCUAGCCUUUGCGUCGACCGUGUUCACAUUCACGUCGGUUAUUCUAGCAACAGUCUUCGCGGGCGUCCAAGGUACACCUGCUGGUUAUCCUAACAAAGGAGAGCCCAUUAUCUCUAUAUGGACGCCAAGCAGCACCACUCUCGUCACGGGCAUGUCAGCUUUCAUGAACAUGAGCUACACGUUCAUCGGCCAAACUACCAUUCCCAGCUUUAUCGCUGAGAUGCGUGAUCCCCGGGAUUUCCCUAAGGCGUUGUGGGCUUGCACUUGUGCCGAGAUCGUUACCUUCAGCGUUGUCGGCGCUGUCAUCUACGCUUACACAGGCGAUCAGUACAUGGUCACGCCAGCUUUUGGAGUUCUCGGCGAUCUGUACAAGAAGGUCUCGUACUCCUUCAUGAUUCCUACCAUUAUCUUUGUAGGAUGCCUUUACGCCAGCGUGACAGGCAGGUUCAUCUUCUUUCGCAUGUUCAAAGACUCCGUACAUCUCACUUCUCACACCAUCAAGGGUUGGGCCUGGUGGGGUUUCAUUCUAUUUCUUAGCUGGGCUGCCUCAUUCCUUAUCGCCGAGGUCAUUCCUUUCUUCUCAUCAUUGUUAUCGGUCAUGUCAUCCUUGUUCAACUGCUGGUUUGGCUUCAUCUUUUGGGCGCUGGCCUACUUUCGCAUGCGAAAUGCUGAUAAGAAAGUGGGAAGGACAAGACAGCCUGUGCUUGACUACCUAUCUGUAGCUCUUAACGUCAUCAUCAUGUUGACUGGCGUUCUGUACCUCACUUUGGGAACGUAUGUCAGUGUUCAGGGUAUCAUAGACCAGUUUGAAGCUGGACAGGUGUCUGGCGUGUUCUCAUGCAAGAGCAAUGGUCUUUGA